ACUAAUAGUUAAUAAUAUAUGAGCUAGGAGGACAACUCCUUUCUUAUAGUCUUCAAAACGGUUUGUGGACCAGUAUUAACCGGUCAAAAAGAAUUAACUUCCACCCUUUUAAAUAGCUUCUUCACACACGAUUUGUUACUAUAACUUAGCUCACAUUGAGCUCAUAAUAAUGGCAAAAAACAUAUUUAUAAAACUUAAAAUCAGCCUAAUAUUAUUGAGUGGAGUUGAAGCGAGCCAAGUUAGCUUUUGUAAUGAAGGGAAAUCAUAUGAUGAUACAUUGAGACAUUAUCAUCGAAUGAUUAGGACAUCCUAAUCUCGUGUGGACACAGAUUCAGUUCUUGGUUUUUAAUCACUUUUAAAACAUUCUGGUAGAAGAUCUGAAGUCUUUGUUGAAAGCUAUAAACCAUAUAAAAGUAACGCUAUAGCUUUUCGAAAAAUAUAAAACACAAUCUUCAAGAAUUUUGCGCAGUAUUUUAGAAAGUGAAACUCAUAUUCUUGAUCUAGAAACUUGUAACCCUUUUCUAAUACUAGGCCAGAAACGUUUUCACCAUGAAUGGGGAUUAGAUGUGUAAUAUGUUCAAUUGACAUUAACUAUAGUACAUUACUGAUAACUAAUGACUAAUUUGUUUAUAUUCUAUUGACAUAAUAAUUCUUGUUAGUCUGGUCAAGUCAUGCCUAACUUCUGUUAAAAUCAUUAAUGUUAUAAAAUUGGUUUUAUUCACAACUUUUCAUACACAUUAAAAAAAACCCGUGCAUCUUGAAAAAGGAUCCGGAUCCGAACCAAGGAAAAAAAAACUGGAUCCAACUGAUCUGAGAAACAGAACAUCCGUAUCACCACUAACGACCGUUAAAACUGAAUAAGCCUGGGAGCUUCCGAGUAAGAGGAUCCGUUACAAAAUGAUGCCAUCUUCUCCGAGGCUGAAGCUCUUUCACGCGCGUCCAUCGCGGCGACCGACGUCUCUGAUCGUCAUCACCUCUAUCGCGAUCGGGCUCUUCGGAUUCCUCUUCGGACUCUCCGCCAUUAUUUUCCCGGGUAUCCGGUUAUCCUCCCGGACCUGCCUCACCAACUCUCCUCCCAAGACGGUACGCAUCGUCUGGGACGUCGCUGGAAAUCGCAACGCUAAUGGCGGAGUGAAGAGGCACAAGGUUAUGGGAUUCGUCGGGAUCCAGACCGGAUUUAGUUCAGCUGGGAGGAGACGAGCUCUCAGGAACACGUGGAUGCCGUCGGAUCCACAAGGGCUUCGACGCUUGGAGGAGUCAACAGGGUUGGCCAUUAGGUUUAUUAUAGGCAAAACCAAAGAUGAAGCGAAGAUGGCUGAGCUUAGAAGGGAGAUCGCAGAGUACGAUGACUUCAUACUGCUUGAUAUCGAGGAGGAGUACAGUAAACUCCCAUACAAAACUUUGGCUUUCUUCAAAGCUGCGUAUGCACUAUAUGAUUCAGCGUUCUAUGUCAAAGCUGAUGAUGAUAUAUAUCUGAGGCCAGAUCGGUUGUCCUUGCUGUUGGCUAAAGAGAGGAGUCACUCUCAGACAUAUCUUGGAUGCCUGAAGAAAGGUCCUGUUUUCACAGAUCCAAAGCUUAAAUGGUAUGAACCUUUGGCAGAUUUGCUGGGUCAAGAGUACUUUCUUCAUGCCUAUGGCCCUAUAUAUGCUCUGUCUGCAGAUGUUGUCACCAGUUUAGUUGCUCUUAAGAACAACAGUUUCAGGAUGUUUAGCAACGAGGACGUGACAAUAGGUGCGUGGAUGCUGGCGAUGAACGUCAACCAUGAGAAUCACAAGACUCUUUGUGAACCAGAGUGCUCACCGUCCUCCAUUGCUGUUUGGGAUAUACCAAAAUGCUCAGGCCUUUGUAACCCAGAGAAAAGGAUGUUGGAACUUCACAAGAAAGAGAGCUGCUCAAAGAGCCCGACUUUGCCAUCGGAAGAUGAGUGAUCUUUCCUCUUAUAGAUCUUGACAUUCCCUUAAAACGGCUUUAGGGUUAGUAAUUUUUGUGUAACCCAACUUUUGGUGAUUCCUUGUUGUACAAGUUAUAAGAUUGAACUAACUGCAAUUUCGAUCUCGCAUUAUCGACGAGGAAAGGGGAAAAAAAUAGUUUGGCUUUGUGUAUCA